GAGAUGCGAUCAUUAGUACGGCUCAGUCAGUCGCAGGGAGCGUUUCGCAUAAACCGUAAAACCGAUCACAGCGAAAUGACGUGGAAGUACCAGUUUAUAAUGGUGGGCUUGUUACGUUUGUGUAAAGGCAAUGACCCUGUGAACGUUGCUCGUGAUAAGCCAACCGCAAUGAGCUCAGUGUACCUGGGAUCGAGUCCCCAGGCUGCCGUUGAUGGAUACGUCAACACUUCUAGCACUUCUGCAUGUUCCUUGACUAACCCAACUGACACAACACCAUGGUGGAUACUUGACUUACAGGGAACAUAUCGGGUUGACACCGUUUCGAUAACUAGUUUAAAGGAACCUCCUUUCUGGCUCCACAGUUUCUUCAUAGAACUAUUUUCGCAAAACCCACAAAAGUGUGCUGAUGCUGUCCCCGAGGCUGCAGUUACCAGAAACGUUUCCCGCGUGUUAAAUCCGCUCGUUUGCUAACUGACCAGUCCGAGUUACUGAAUGACACCACUCUCAGAGAAUGCUCAAUUAUAUGUGACAAGAAAAUCACGUGUUUGGCCUUCAACAUUAACACUUACACCCACCAGUGUGAACUAAUCCUUAAUCCAAGUUUGAACCAUUCCAAGCAGAUUGAUUCACAUUGGGAUUACUAUGGAUCGGAUUUGUGCUAAAAGGACGAGUACCUGAAAACACACACACACACACACACACACACACACACACACACACACACACACACACACACAGGGCGACCAACUUUCCGGAAUUUUCCGAAAAAUCCGUAUUUGUUUAACCCAUAUCCGGAAUUCCGGAAUUAAUGCCAAAUAUCCGGACUUUUUUCCAAAUUCGCUGUCAUUGUUUUUUUUGUUGGAAGCAACCGUUUCUAAAUAUAUUUUUAAUGUUCUAUAUUUUUAAAUCCCGAGUUUAUUAAACAGAGUUUAUCAUUCUGCAUUCUCCAUUGCAACCUGAACUUGGUAUUAUCGACUGUUUCGUGCUAUUACUAAGACGUUUGUCUAUUGGCUGUAUUUGUUAACAGCCGACCAAUGAAAAUGUUUUUGACAAUCGAGUAGACUGAAGCCAUGUAUGAAAUUUGCCUUACUUGCUAUUUCGUUUAAAGAUAUUUCAAAUAUCAUAGAGUAAUUACUACGGGGCAGACAUCGGUUCUAUGGCGAUGCAUGCAACUUCGUCACGGUGUGUAAAAACCUCAACAUAUAACAGAACACUUGCGAUCGUACGAAAACAAAAGAAACUGAUCCACAAUUCUCUUCUUAAAAAAAUUUCGUAUGCUUUCACGUGCAACAUUUCACAAAAUACUAUUUGGCUACCAGUAAUCUGUGACACAUUCAUGACAUUAUUAUUAAUUAAUUAAUAUACCUACCGAUCUUGUUUUAUUCAAGUAAGUUAAACUAGAAAACAAAUUAAAUUUUUACAAACCAGUUAGAUUUUGCCGCGUAAUGCAGAACGAUAGCCAGUCUAAAUGUGGGUACCAGACGUUUCGUCCCCGAUUCAGUUAACACAAAUUAGUUCGACCCCACUGAUGAAAUGUGGCAAGAUACCUACAUAAAAAUAACAUUGGUCCCACGUUUGUCACUUUAUUACUAAUCUGUAGGUGGGAGUGAAACUGUACUAUACUAUUUGCUAAUAAAGUGGGGCUUUUUGGGGGGUUUUGUGAUGAUUUUUGAUGUUUGGUCUGUGUGUGUGUGUGUGCGUGCGCGCGUGUGUGAUAAUGCUGUUAAUUGCUGUACUAGGUAUAGUAACUUUAUUUACACUGAUGAAUAUAUUUAGCAUGAACACCCCUACUUCAGGCGAAUAUUUUUUCAGGGGGAGCAUGACCCGACGCCCCAUCGUAUGUACACACACGCACGCACGCACACACACACACACACACACACACACACACACACAGCUCACAGUCUAAAAAAAACUUUGAUCUCUGUUGACUGCACUUCACCAAACGUCAUUCUAUUAGUGUUUACAAAGAGGCAUACAUAAUGUUAUUGGUGUCUCCGGCUAACUCUGUCUGCAACUGGCCGUGACAAUACAUUGGUAUGGGCAUUCUAGAGAUAAAUUGUAUUUGUUUUUUGC